AUGUAUACCGAGGAGAAAAUCACGGACCCAUCUCCUGGGCCGGAAUUGUUCGAUGCGCUGGAAAAGCCAGUAAAAAUCCACAAGGUGGUUCAGGAAGCGAUAUUGCUUGCAGGUGGAGCCGUUGCCAUUCUGCUCCAAGUCGCCGAGCCCGGAGUUGCGCAAGGCGUCGAUAACCACAGUAACUUUGCAUACCGUCCUUUGGAUCGCCUUCGAACCACCAUGACCUAUGUGUAUUGCGUUACCUUUGGGACGCGGGAUGAGAAAAAGGCAGUUGUAGAGAUGGUGCAUCGUGCUCAUGAGUCAGUGAAUGGACCCGGAUACUCUGCAGAUGAUCCUAGACUUCAACUAUGGGUAGCCGCAACACUAUAUGCCGUUGGAAUCGAGCUUUACCAGGAGAUGUUUGGCAUCUUCGAGGAUGCCGACGCAGAGGCUAUCUACCGAGAAUACUCAGUCCUUGCCCUUUCCCUACGGGUUACUCCUGAUAUGUGGCCACCCAGCCAAAAAGAAUUUUGGAAGUACUGGAAUAACCAGAUCGCGACCAUGGAUGUUACCGAUAAUGCGAAGAGUGUUGCCAAGAACAUCCUGCGAAAUAAAGAAGCCCCACUUCAAAUCCGGCUCAUAUUACCUCUCGUGCGUCUUACGACCGCUCAGAUGCUGCCCGACCGACUCCGGCAAGCUUAUGGUCUCAAGACCGGCAAGAUACGUCGAGCGACAUAUCGAUUCGUCAUGGGAUUCACAAAAGCAACUUACCCGUGCCUCCCAAAGACCAUACGCACUUAUCCGAUGAAAUACUAUAUGCGAGACAUGCGGCGACGACUUGAGAAUACAGCUUGA